CUUAGCUGGAACGCAGUUGCUGCGCCGGCCCAGGUACUUGGCCAGUUCAGCAUGGGCCCCAUUGCAGAUUACUUCGGCCGACGCACCGUCAUUUUCUUCAACCUUGCAGUGAUGGUGAUCGGCGUCAUUGUCGAGUUCGUCGCCACCAACUGGAAAGUGUUUGCCGUUGCCAGAUUCCUGCUUGCUUUCGUUUCCGGUCUUACCCAGGCCACGGCUCCGUUGUACAUUGGCGAAUUGGCCCCCAGAAAUGCCAGAGGGCUCAUGAUCUCUCUGUUCCUGUUCAUUUACCUCAUCUCCGUCGUUCUAUGCUACGUGGGAGCGGAAGUCUGGCCAGAAGCCGACAACAAGUGGGCGUACCGGAUGCCACUUCUCGUCUGUGUCUGUCUUCCAGUCAUUGUCCUCGUCGUCCAGGUCUUCCUCCUCUGCGAGUCGCCCGCGUGGCUCAUCAUGCACGGCAAGACGGAAAAGGCAAAGAAGAUGAUCCUGUUCAUGUAUCCCAACCGCAGCGAAGAGGACCGCGAGCUCAUCUACGCCGAGUAUGAGUACACCCUCGGCCAAGAGGCGGAGAAGAAGGAAUUGAUGAAGCAGUCAAGCUUCACCGAGUGCUUCAAGGGAACUGACCUACGCAGGACAUUCUGUGCCUUUUUCCCUCCAUUGACGGCAUCGCUGGCGGGCAACGUCAUUACUGGGCCCCAAAAGACAUAUUUUUUCACGUUGGCUGGCCAGUCCAACUCACUUGAGUCGACCUGUAUCGCCAUCGCUCUCCAGAUCUUGGCCAUUAUGACUGUGUUCUUUUUGAGCGAGUUCAAGGCAAUUGGGCGAAGGAGGCUUCUCCUAACGGGAGAAUGUGGUCUGCUGAUUUCCAUGAUUGGCAUCGGAGUCUCAGGUCUGGCUACGAAACUCCCAUACACACUGCAGACUGGCCACAUCAUGCUAGCCUUCCUCUGCAUCGGCUCUUACAGUUCUACUCUGGGCCCCAACGCCUGUGGCUGGAUCUACAUAGGCGAGUCUGGGUCCAUGCGGCUGCGUGCCAAAACUGCCACCAUCGGCGCCCUGGGCAACGGCAUUCUAGGUGUCACAUAUAACAUCGCCAUCCCCUACAUGCUAGAGACGGACAGGCUGGGCGUCGGGGGCUCUGCUCUUUAUUUCGCGGGCUUUGGCGUUAUUACGCUGCUGGUCACGUACUUUUUCAUCCCGGACUAUACUGGGCGGUCGUACGCGCAGAUCGACGAGCUCUUCAGCAGGAAGAUUCCGGCCAGGAAGUUC